AUGCAAGCCACUUCUCCAUUUCCGUUUGCAAAUCUUUCCACAGAGCUCAUCCUCCUCAUCUUUGCACACGCUGCAAGGCCUACUUUCGUCAAAACUAGCGACGAUGCAUCGAAGAAUCCAUAUGCAUCCGCCCUCUCACUAUGCCACGUCUCCAAAAUCGUCAGACGCACCGUUCUUCCUGAGCUUCUGCGCACAAUAUUGCUCCCGGAAUAUAACAACGUCACGGCUUUCGUCCGUACCCUGCGCAUGCAGCAAGCAUUCGCUCUAGAAGGAAAUGACCUCCAUUUCGAUUACGCUGGUCGCGUAAACAGGGUUUGGUUUGGGCGAAUCUGUGAACCUCCCCCACAAGCUCCCGUGCAUAGCAACUUUGCCUCAUCUACCACAUCUGAGCUUGAAGCUGAUUUCAGCCUACUGGCGCCGGUGCUGCUAUCCGCACCCUCCCUCGCACUAGACUUUGAAAGUCUGUGGCUUCUUUACGGCUGCCUCGAGUCCGCAUGGAGCUCCUGCAUCCACAUCAACGACCCAGAACGUGCCCCUCCUCCUUGGCGCACCAACAAUUUGACAUUAGUGGGGGAAUUCAAUCGAUGGCGCCCUCUCACAAGCACUACCGAGGGAUCCGCUUUCCUUGCAUCAAUUUCACGCCUCUCCUUCCUCUCCCCCACAAGAGCAGAGACCCAUCUGCUUCCUACCUAUGAUCCCUGCUUCGACGACUUGGAACAUCGGCAAUACCCACUCCCUGAAUGGAUGACAAGCGUCCCAUGGGAUUCGUUCAAACGCCUUCGAACAGUUUCGCUGGUGCUGCCACGAAUCGUGCUUACGGUCGCUGCGAAGACGAGUCUGAGCGAGGAGAACGUGGAUGUUGAACUAUUGACGUUGUUCGAUCCCCCACACUCGGCCUACUGGGACCCCAAGGACAUAAGCGCUUACAUCGAGAGUGGGGAAGGGCUUAUUGUGUCCGUUGGUGUUCGGACCAAGUUGGGGAACUCUCCCAUCCAGUUCAGUGUUUCCUUUGAUUGGGAGGAAGCCUGGGCAUGCGGCCUACUGAAAUAG